AGUGUGUAUACUUACUUAUACGUAAGAAAAAAAAUAAAGUACUUGCAAAUUUUACGUGUGUACAUUGCCACGCGUCUCUUCUUCAUCACUACUGGGUGAGAUAAACGAAGAGAAACGGUAUGGGAGCAGCGGAUGAGCUCCUCGGCGAGGAUGUCGUCUGGGUGCCGCUCUCGCUUACUCUCAUCGAGUAUCCCCAAGGAGAUUUGCUGGGAAAAUUACUUGCCACAAUAAGUCUGAUGCCUUUUGCUGUACUAUCUGGAUUUGUUACUUUGAUUUUAUUUAGACGAGAUCUUCACACAAUUGUAUUUUUCGGUGGUGUGGUUAUUAAUGAGCUUCUAAAUUAUGUUUUAAAACAUAUCAUUCAAGAACCAAGGCCUAUGAGGCGCGACACACUUUAUUCUGAACAUGGUAUGCCAUCCACUCAUGCUCAAUUUAUGUGGUUUAUUGCUGCAUACAUGACAUUAUUUGUAAUAUACAGAUUACACCAAAUAUCUGAAAAAUUCUGGCGGAUACUUAUAGUGUUAGCUUGCAUUGCUAGCGCUCUAUUAGUAACUUAUAGUAGAAUUUACCUGCAGUAUCAUACAUACUCUCAAGUAACUUAUGGAGCUAUUAUUGGUGCCAUUGUAGGCAUUGCUUGGUUCAUUUUUGUUCAUAAUAUUUUGACACCAAUCUUUCCUGUGAUUUUGACGUGGAAAUUGUCCGAGUAUUUACUUAUACGUGAUACAACACUCAUACCUAAUAUUUUAUGGUUCGAGUAUACACAUGUGAGAUCAGAAGCAAGAACCCGUCGAAAACUUGUGUCAAUGAAAUCGCAAUAACGUCCUCACAGUAAGCAAAAAGACUGAGAACAAGAGUACGUCUGAAUGUUUUUACUAUUUUUUACAAUUUACCUAGCAAAACAACGAUUUGAAAAUUAUAAUCGAAUAUUAUUGGACUGUAGCGUGAAUGCAGUAUAUACUCGAUUUAACUGCGUUUUAUAAGAUGAACGAACAGUAAUGUAAGAACGAAAAAAAUUAGGUAAAUAAUCGAAGCAC